GCGCGCCAUCCAGGACAGGUGCAAGGUGGCGGUGGUGAUCGACGGCAUCAACACCUUCUUCUCGCCUGUCACCCGUCAUCGCCGAGAGGACCGGAGCAUCGUCGGGCCGGAGCACUUCACACUGUUCCAGGCCUUCAUGCAGCUCUUCGGCAGUGACUGGAAGAACGGUGUAAUGCUCGGCACCUUAGACAGAAUCGCUAAUGAGGCCGCAAGGAGGGAGUCACACCUGCCUCGCUAUGUCCUGCGCCAGAAGGGUUGGGAGACUCUUGAUCCCUUCGUGCCGAUCCCUGUUGAUGACUACAAUGAGGUCGAGAUGCGCAGUGCCAUCGACUACUUUCUGGACCGUCACUGGCUGCAGAACCCCAUGGCAGGCUCGGACAUUGGGCGGAGAGAGUUGGCGACCCUUUCAGCGCACAACCCUCGCCUCCUAGCGGAUGUCUGUCGGCCCCUCUAACGAGAACGGGUGUGGAACAGGUGUGGAGGGCAGGCAGGUGUGUGGCCGUAGUGGUGUUUUCUCUGUACAGUUGUUUUUUUAAUGUGUGUAUAUGUUAUGUAUUCUCUGGAGUACUAUGUGAAUAAAUACUAGUAAUGAUGAA